UAUCUCUUUCACGAAACAAUGCUUGUAAAGCUGGCCAAGCAUAAUUUUUAUCGUCUCUAUAAGAAACCCUCAAUCCGCAAGGUUGGUGAUCAAGAAUACAAGACGAAGAAAUCAUGGGCGGUGAAGAUGUUGAGCCGGACUAUGGAAAGCUGGAGAAGGCAGUGAAUCUCUAUCAGAAAGCACUGGACGACCUGGUGAGCAUGAACUCGCUCUUCACCGUGGCGGUCUUCGUGGGCCUGACGUUCGCGAGCUCCGAGGUACCGAUCGUGGAGGGCGGGCAGCAUUGCGAACUCGUCGUGAAGAGGAGGCUGGUCAAGAACGAAGUGAUAUCGUUCGCCUGCUAUCUCUUGUCCAGCCUCGUGGCCAAAGCCCUCAAGACCCACCUCUUCACCUACCUCCUCAGAAAGCACACGGUCAAAGAGAUCAACGAUAAAUCGAGCAAGGGGCUGAGAGUGUCCUUGUUCGCUCUCUCCGCGUUGACCACCAUCAUCGGCGGCGUGUUGCUCUUGUUAUCCAUGAUUGACAUAAUUAAGCUCCGGCUCGGAGAUAUGACUUGCGAUGGUACCGAGACAAUGAACCCCAUAGGUACCCUGAUCGCGAUCAAUGCCCUCGCGUUAUUCAUCUACGUACCCUUGGUCGCACGCACCAUCUUUAAGUCCACGAAAAUCUUCGACGACCUACUCCAAAAUUAAGAUAGCUCUCUUCCUAAGCGCCGCCAUGUACAACUUAGGUUUGUUGCUGUGUCUUUACUUAUAUAACUAGCUACGUAGACUUGAGAGAUGAGUGUCGAAUAAAGGGGCCUUUCUUUGCUUUCCGGGAUGUGAAUCAAUAUAUUCAUCAUUUGUGUUUA